UCCAGUCAGGUGCUAAAUGUUACACGUGAAGUGUUACCUCAAUAGUAAUCUGGGAGGUUUACGAAAUCUUUUAUAAAUCUUGUGUUGACCGCGUCGACUAUAGAUUUUGUGAAUUGAUUUUGACUUGAUAUGAAGUGAUAAGACUAGUUGUGCCUUUGAAGAUUACAGAAGAAUUUUGGCUCCAUCUACAUUCAGAAAAAGAAUGCCACGCUGUGUAUCGCUUCCACAUUACAAUAUACACGGUGAAACUCCACCUCAAUCACCUUCUAGUCCUGCGAGUAGUCCGAAUGCAAGAAUUUCCUCCAGAAGUGUAAGUCCGUCGUCACCGAUAUCGCCGAUAACGAAUUCGAGGCACAGCGCCUUCUCACUAGUUCAUCCCAAAGAAACAAAUAUUAACGAAAACCAUUUGAAAUUAUGCGAAAUGCGAGCACUGAUGUACGCGAACACUAUAAACCAGUUUGUGAAUUCUCCUUUUCCCGGUUACAUGUGGCACCCAACAGUUAUUCUCCCAUAUCCCCCAUCUGAAGCUCUAAGUCCGAAAAACGCUUCGUUAGAUCCGCGAUUCGCUGAAAAAAUUAAACAAUCCAUCUUACCGUUCGAAACUUCCUCCGAUUCAAGAAGUCCCGAUAAGACAACGCUGGAUCCUAGAUUUACUGAUAUCUUUAAAAGAGAUCAAGAAGUACCUCUUAAUUUAUCCCUUAAGGGUCGUAUUUGGUCUCCUGGAAGUUUGUGCGAACAAGAAAUGAAAGCAACCGAACUACGACCGGACUCCAAUGUCACUACUACUGUAAUCAGCCCAGUAAAAAUGGAAAAUAGAUGGAAAUGGGACAAUGACAGGGAACUUCAUAAUAGUAGGAUACCAACGAUAGGCCCUUCGGGAGAAAAACAGUUCACGUGUCAGCAAUGUGGAAAAUCUUUCAAACGUUCCUCGACCCUCUCAACACAUCUUUUAAUACAUUCCGAUACCAGGCCGUAUCCGUGUCAGUAUUGUGGUAAAAGGUUCCAUCAGAAAUCCGACAUGAAAAAACAUACCUACAUCCAUACUGGCGAGAAACCACAUAAAUGCGUCGUGUGUAAGAAAGCCUUCAGCCAAUCGUCUAAUCUCAUAACGCACAUGCGCAAACAUUCGGGAUACAAACCGUUCUCGUGCGGUUUAUGUGUAAAAGCGUUUCAGAGGAAAGUAGAUUUAAGAAGGCAUAGGGAAACGAUGCAUCCUGACGUUCCGGAAGCCAUAUUGGCUAUGUACAAUAACAGAACAAACGAUGUUUCGUUGGACAAUGGAAAAGGUGAAGUUAGCAGUAGUAGUUAAAUUUGUCAUUUUCAAGACAAUUUAUAUCGUAAUAGGCCAUUUUUGACACUUUUACUGUAUUGUACUUUUUUACGCGGGAAUUUUAAGUUGUCUCAUAGUAUAUAUGGAAAAUUUAGACUGUUACUUACAGGGUGCUAUUGUUGGAAUGUGAGGUUUUCAAAUAUGCCUUAUUGAUCUAACUGAUCUAAUAUACUUAAACACUAAAGUGGUUUUUUUAACAAGUGACAAGGACAAAUGGGUUGCUACCUUCUGUAUCUUAUGUUUUGCCCAUUAAAUUGAGUGGUCGAAGGAUAUUCAUCAUUAAACUUUCACGUGUCCACAAAAUUGUAAAAUUUUCUAAUGACCAUCAAAAUUAUUUCUCUCCCUCUCUGUUGUGCAUUUUAUAAUAGUCAUUUAUUAUCAAAACAAAAAUGAAAUUUUUGGAAAAAAUAUUAAAUACCUUUUUUGUAAAGCAUGACAUUUCCUACGAAAUUUUUUAAGGUGUCUUGCGACCCAUUUUUCUGUGUCAUCUGCCAUUCGACUUGUGACGUUUUUCUUCGAACAUUUUGAAUAUUCCUUUUUUUGGGACAGUAGUCACUUAAUUUGUUAUUGACGCUCCAUUCGAGAUAUUCAAUGAAACCUCGAAAUCGUCGUCUACCAAUCUACAUUUCAGUGUUCAAACCAAAGUAAAUUGUAGUAAAUUUGUGAUAAUUCACUGGUGGGUGAUUCCAUUAUAACUGUGAUAUUCAAUGUCCUGUAUUGUUUUUUUGUACUAGUCAUUAAUUAAUAAUCAAUUAAUAAAAAUUUUGUGUUAAUUGAAUAAUUCUUAAGAUAUUUAAACAUUAUUUUUAUACAAUAUAACUUGCUACUUAAAGAAAACUUAUACUACAUCACUUGAAUGUCAGUACCGUGUCAUGUCCAUUCCUAGAAUUUACCGAUAAAUUAUUAAUUUUUUUUGUCGUAACAAAUGAUUUAAACUAAUUACCUUAUAAAUUCUAAUGUUUAUGAUCAAACUGAGGAAAAUUGAUGCACUUGUUGUUUAAUAUCUUAAGUUACCAUGUCAGUACCGUGGAUAAAUGAGUCAGUACCGUGGAACUCAAAAUCCGACAUUUGUGUCUUGCUCGUGAUACUUUGAAGUUGUAGUAAAUUCCUCUUAGAGUUUUAUUUUUACAGUAAAAUAGAUGAAUAAUAUGCAUAAAAAAGUUAGAAAAGUUAAAUUUUAAAAUCUUGAAAUUUUGAAUACAAAAAAUCACAGUUAGAACGGAAUCACCCUGGUAAGCUUUUCAAAUAUAUUGUUUUCUUUGUUUAUUAUAUUUAUAAUCCAAUUACUUUUAUCAAUUUUCUUUUGUUUAAAGCAAAUUUUGUAUAAUAGUUUCCAUGUAAAUUCAUAUUUUCUAUUUAUUUGGGGAACCGAAAGUACCAAUUUCAUAUAUUAUAACUUGCUAUUGGUAGUUUCUGUGCCCCAAAACUAUUAUAUAAUAGAUUCUUGGUUGGUCAUAUUUAAAAAAAAAACGUAAAUUCAGUUGGAGUUCUGUUAGACAAAUUAAUAGAAAAUACCAAUUUACACGGAAACUAUUUUACACUAUUUACUUAAAACGGAAGGAAAUUAAUAAAGACAACUGGAAUUUCAAAGUUGAAAAGUUAUUUGGAAAACUUACCACAAAUUUACUUUAAUUUAAACACUGUAGUGUAGAUAGGUAGAGGACGAUUUAGAAUACAUUCCGAGGUUUCGUCGAAUUUCUCGAAUGGAGUGUCAAUAAAAAGUGACUACUGUGCCAAAAUACGUGAAUAUUCAAAAUGUUUGAAGAAAAACGUAGCCGAAUAAAAAAUAUAUUGAAAUUUUCUGACCCACCCUCGAUAUAUCGUUAUUUUACAUUAAGAUAUAACCAAUUUUGUCGAUGAAAUAAAUAUUUGUAUAGAAAGUAGACUGUGUGGAUUUUCUCAUGGGCUACUGCCUCGAAAAUAUCUGCGCCAAAUAUAAUCAAAAAUUGUUUUUAUAAAGUCCUUACGAAACGAUAACUUAAAAUGAUUUGAAGUGAGAACAUGAUUUUUGAAAACUACAAAUUCAUAAAAAAAACAUUUAGAAUCUGGAAAGUAAGUCGGUUGGUUUGAUACGCUUCAAUCUGCAACAGUCCAAUCCACACUUGGGUCCACACUUAGUCUUUCUUCAUAUUUAUUUCUGUAUUCGCUAAUUUAUUUUUUGAUACCGUGAACUUUUAAAUCUAUUUUGUUAGCGUACUAUGGUCCAACACUUUGUUUUGUUUAUGAGGAGAUUGUUUGCGAGUGAUAAUCAUGAUUAUCCACCAAUCAUCAAGUACAUUUGUUACAAAUUUACCCCGAGUUCUUUCUCUUGGUGAACGUAUGCUUUUUCCAAAUCAACUACCAACCCAGAUGUAUACCUAUAGAUUUGGUAUCUACUAGGAAGACGAAAAGUUUCGUAUUGAUGGAUUUAUUUUCAUCUUUGUAGCCAGUUUUCUACUUUGUUGCAACUAUCUUUCAAAUUGCUUCUUUAGAAUUAGCGUAAAAAGCAAUAAUGUCUGUCAUCUGCGUUAGUUAUAACCGUGACUUCUAAAAGCGGGUUUCUUGUAUUAUUUAUUUCAUUAGGUACAAUAGAUUAUUAGAUAAUAGUUUUGAAGAAGGUUGUGCUUCAAUUUGUGAACAAGUUCUUCGUGCAAAACCGUACUUGACUGAUAUGUAUGAAAGCUGCGCUUGAGUAGCUUAUUUUCAUUGUUUUUUUUUCUGAUAUUAUCGACUCUAAUCGUUUUAGAAAUAGUUUUUUGUUUGAAGAGCUUGGAAAAAAUAGAUAAAAGACUAAUGAGGUCUAGGUUUUAGGUAAUAAAAAUAAUGGCAAUAUAAUACAAAAACGGUAGAAUGUAUAAUAAUAUCAUCACAAUGUUUGACAAGUUGUUUUCGUCUAUUUCAAUAUCACCGUGGUGUUUAUCGAAUUGUCAACAUUGUUUUAUCAUACUAAAUAGAGUUUUCUGCAGCGAAAUGUGACUUUUAGCCCAUCAUAAAAUCCACUAACUUUACAUGAAAAUAUAUAAUCGAAAAAAAUGUUUCUAAAAUGUAUUAAGUAUGUAUUUGGAUUAUGAUAUAGCUCUCGGCAAUUUAAAAUAUUUGUGAAAUGGUUUUUCACUUUAUUGUGAAUGAUAUUGUACUAUUUAUAUGAAAAUAGAUCGUUUUUAAAAAGGGUAUAACAAAAAGUACGUCAACAGUUAAAAACCACAAACCCUUUGUGUAAAAAAUAGAUACAUUGCAAUUUCUGUUUUAGCCUUAGAAUAUGUGGUUCUAGCCUUGAAGUAAUAAUGAGAAUAUACUACGUACAAUAAAUAAUUCCAUUUCAAUUAUUUGAAAAGGUAAAAUAAAAAUUAAAUCAACUAAUUUUUGUUUUUAAAAAAAUGUAUAUAAACUUUCAUACACAUUUUAUAAUUUUGUACCUUGAUUGUUUAUAUUUUUAGAAACUGGGUCAGAAAUAAUUCGAAAAUGUGAAAUCAACUGAAUUAAAUGAAAAAUUUCUUUGUGAAUUCGAAUUAAAAAAAUUAGAGAUAUAAGUGGAUAAAGGUAUUACAUCACGUUUUACCUAAAAUCAUUUUUUUUUACAUCGCUGGUAGAUACAUCUUCCAUUAAACACUGUAUAGAAUUUUUUUUAUAAUCCAAAAUUCAAUUUAUGGAUGAAGGUUUGAAUCACAUGAUUGCAAAAAAGGGCAAUUUCGAUAAUAAAAUACUACACCCAAUAUAAUCCACGAAAUGAUUGAAAUAUUGUAUAAGAGAGUGCAUACCAUUUUCUUCUGAACUUUUUACUUGUUUUUAUCUGUUGUUCGUUGUUUUCAACUAUCUCUAGGUCAGAAAUUAUUUAUUAUUUCCUUUCCACCACUCUAGGAAUGAGAUUCAUAGAAGAAAUUAACACUGUUGUAGUUGAUAUUAACGAAUGGGAAUGUUUAGAAAAUGUGAGUUUUCUAAGAUCUUUGAAAAAAUUUUAAUUUAUUCAUUGCAUUUAUGUGAUACUAAUAAACAAUAUUAAAAACUUUUUGAACAAAAUCUCUUUCAAAAUAAAAGUUAUUAAUUAAAAAUCGAGACAUGACACGUUUAUCUACUUAUAACUUCAGGCAGUUUUCGCGUUUUAUAACUAAUCUAAUAAUAAACAAAUAUGUUCUAAUACAUUUCGUUUUAUCGUUUUCCGUUUAUAUACUGAGUGAUAAUAAUUAUAAAACGAAAAAUAUAUAUAACCGUGAGCUGUAGUUGCCAUUAAAUAUCUAUUGGCCAUUUCUAUGCCAUAAUUAAUAAAUGUAUGCCGUCCAAAAAUGACCAAAGCAAAGAUGUACGCUUAGUGUUAAUGUUCUAGUGAAAAUAUUGUUUUUUUUUAUAUAUAUUAAAUGUAAAUAUUUGUACUUAUGAUUAUUAUAAUUUUGUCAUUCCA